AUGUCCUUCUUGAUACGAGCCCUCCGCAUCUCGAAUGACGCCCUCUUCGCUCCAUCUCUCCCCCUCCGCACUCGCGCUCUCCUCCUCAUCCUCCAACCCAUCACCUUCCUCACAUACACAAUCGAAUGGGCCAUCUCGCUCAAAUUCCCACACUCCAGCGACAUCCGCAUUCCACUAAAAGGAACCCGAAAACCAGACCGUACCCUUCGAGCCGUAAUCUACACCCCCAAACCCAAAUCCCACCCUGACCCAGUACAAGUAUCCUCCCAGCCCCGGAAAGUACCGCUGCACCUCAACAUCCACGGCGGCGCAUUUCUCGGCGGUCUCCCCGAAGGCAACGCGCGGUUCUGCGCACGGCUGGCAGAGAAAUCCGGCGCCGUGGUGGUCUCAACCUCGUACCGCUAUGCGCCGUUGCAUACGUUCCCUACUGCUCAUGAGGAUGUGCAUGACGUUGCGGAGUACCUGAUACAGAAUGCCGAGAGGCUAUGGGGUGCUUAUCCGGCGGUGUUCACCGUCAGUGGGUUUUCAGUUGGCGGGAAUCUGGCAUUUGCUGUUGCGCAGGAACUAUCGGCUUCUGGUGGGGUGAAAGGCCUGGUUAGUUUUGAGGGGGUGGUCGACUUCCGCCUCCCACCCUGGGACAAGCCCAAGCCGCCUGACUUUCCAGCGGUGGAUCCCCUGUCUUUCCUGCAGCCGCUGUUCGAUGCGUACGCAGGACCAAACAGAGCGAGGGACAUGGGGAAUUCCCUUCUUCAUCCGACAUUGGCGGACCUCAGUGUCCUGCCGCAGAACGUGCUCUUUGUUGUUGGUGGAGCGGAUAUCCUGCGGGAUGAGACGGUGAAGAUGGCAGAGAGGUUGGAGCAAGAGGCGAAAGCCAGUAACCGGGAGAGGAAAAUGGAUACGCCUGAUGAGCCUGAUGGGAGAGCCACUGUUGUGAGGAUGAAUGUGGCUGAAGGGCAGAUUCAUGGGUGGACAGAGUUGCCAUCUUUUGCAAUUGAUGAAGGUCUCCGGACGAAGGCUUUUGAUGAUGCGGUCUCGUUUCUACGUGCUGUUCAUCGCGCUUAUGGAUUUGUUGCGUGA